AUGCAGGCCAUCAGAGAACUAGUGAAAGCUCGGCCCAGUUAGACUCGGGGUUGGAGUGUGGAGUUUACCAUAAGCAGCAGAGAGGUCACGGCUUUCCCUAAGAGCAACACGGUUAUCAGAGGAGAGUAGUCCAGGUCAGAGCUGUGAUGUAGAGGAGUCCUCUGCUUCUGGGCAGAGACCACGCUGGGAGGCAGGUGGGAUGGGCUGGAGGACCCCCAAGGGAGACUGUUGUUGUGACUCACGUGAGAAGUCUGGUGUCCUGGACAGGGUGGCAGCAGUGGGGAUGGAAAAGCAAUGGACGGAUUUGGAAGAUGGAAUCAGCAAAACUUGGUAAACAGUUGAGUGUAGGGGUGAGGGCCAAGGUUCACCUUGGCCCCUGUGAGCCUAGGUGGUAGGAAGGUAAGGACUGCAUGAAGGGUUGGCCUGUGACAAGACCUCAUGCACCCAUAUCAGCCUGGGCAAGAAAUGACCCACGGAUGCCCAGGACAGUGUGCUCUGCUUUGGGAAUAGCCAUAGAAGGAACUGGGGAGCCAGAUCGAAGCAGAAUGCUGAGGGACUCGGGGUCUCUGGUGCCAGAAUGGAUUCUCUUCAAUAAUGGUUUCUGCCACUUGAGUCACACUGCUCUCUACACAUGUAUCAGAGGAGACCCACAACGGAGCACUCUCUUGGGCCAAGCGGGCAGUGCAGCGGGGAGCCACUGCCGUCAUCUUUGAUGUAUCGGAAAACCCAGAAGCUAUUGACCAGCUAAACCAGGGCUCAGAAGACCCACUCAAGAGGCCGGUGGUGUACGUGAAGGGUGCAGACGCCAUCAAGCUGAUGAACAUCGUCAACAAGCAGAAAGUAGCCCGAGCAAGGAUUCAGCAUCGCCCGCCUCGACAACCCACCGAGUACUUCGACAUGGGGAUUUUCUUGGCAUUCUUCGUCGUGGUCUCCUUGGUCUGCCUCAUCCUCCUUGUCAAAAUCAAGCUGAAGCAGCGGCGCAGUCAGAAUUCCAUGAACAGGCUGGCCGUACAGGCUCUGGAGAAGAUGGAAACCAGAAAGUUCAACUCCAAGAGCAAGGGACGCCGGGAGGGCAGCUGUGGGGCCCUGGACACGCUCAGCAGCAGCUCCACAUCCGACUGUGCCAUCUGCCUGGAGAAGUACAUUGAUGGAGAGGAGCUGCGGGUUAUCCCCUGUACUCACCGCUUUCACCGGAAGUGCGUGGACCCGUGGCUGCUGCAGCACCACACCUGCCCCCACUGUCGGCAUAACAUCAUAGAACAAAAGGGAAACGCAAGCACUGUGUGUGUGGAGACCAGCAACCUUGCACGCAGCCGGCAGCAGAGGGUAAUCCUGCCAGUGCACUACCCCGGCCGAGUGCACAGGACCAAUGCCAUCCCCGCCUACCCUACCAGGACGAGCAUGGACUCCCACGGGAACCCCGUCACACUGCUGACCGUGGACCGGCAUGGGGAGCAGAGCCUCUAUUCCCCACAGACCCCCACCUACAUCCGCAGCUACCCGCCCCUGCACCUGGACCACGCCCUGGCCCCUCACCGCUGCGGCCUGGAGCACCGGGCCUACUCGCCAGCUCACCCCUUCCGCAGGCCCAAGUUCAGUGGCCGCAGCUUCUCCAAGGCAGCUUGCUUCUCCCAGUAUGAGACCAUGUACCAACACUACUACUUCCAGGGCCUCAGCUACCCUGAGCAGGAGGGCCAGGCUCCCCAAGGCCUCUCUCCCAGGGGCCCGUCCCGUGCCUUCCCCCCGAGCGGCAACGGUGGUGGUGGUGGUGGUGGUGGUGGUGGUGGCAGCGGCAGCUUGCUGUUCCCCACCGUGGUGCACAUGGCCCCGCCCUCCCACCUGGAGAGCGGCAGCACGUCCAGCUUCAGCUGCUACCAUGGCCACCGCUCGGUGUGCAGUGGCUACCUGGCCGACUGCCCGGGCAGCGACAGCAGCAGCAGCAGCAGCUCUGGCCAGUGCCACUGCUCCUCCAGCGACUCCGUGGUGGACUGCACCGAGGUCAGCAACCAGGGCGUGUACGGGAGCUGCUCAACCUUCCGCAGCUCCCUCAGCAGCGACUACGACCCCUUCAUCUACCGCAGCCGGAGUCCCUGUCACACCAGUGAUGUUGGGGGCUCAGGUGGCUCAGGCCGGGGGCCUGUCGUGUGCCUUGAGGGCUCCCCACACCCAGAGGAGCUCUUAGCAGCCCAAGGUGUGGGGCGGGGAGAGCCGUGGCCCGUCCCUGCCUCUCCCUCGGGGGACCAGCUGUCCACCUGCAGCCUGGAAAUGAACUACAGCAGCAACUCCUCCCUGGAGCACAGGGGGCCCGCCAGCUCUACCUCAGAAGUGGGGCUCGAGGCUUCUCCCGGGGCUGCCCCGGACCUCAGGAGGACCUGGAAGGGGGGCCGUGAGGGGCUGUCUUGUGCCUGCUGCUGCGAGCCCCAGCCCUCCUCGCUGGAGCCCGGUGCAGGAGUGGCAGGGGGCAACAUGCCCCUCCGGGGCCCCCUCCCCUUUGAGGCCUGUGGCCCCACGGGUGGGGAGUCACAGCCCGGAAGCUCCCAGGGCCUGUACGGUCUUCACCCAGACCAUUUGGCCAGGACAGAUGGGAUGAAAUAUGAGGGCCUGCCCUGCUGCUUCUAUGAAGAGAAGCAGGUGGCCCAUGGUGGCGGAGGGGGCAGUGGCUGCUACACUGAGGACUGCUCGGUGAGCGUGCAGUACACGCUGGCCCAGGAGCUCCCGCCCAGCUGCCACUCAGGGGCCCGGGACCUGAGCCAGCGCAUCCCCAUCAUUCCAGAGGAUGUGGACUGUGACUUAGGCCUGCCCUCAGACUGCCAAGGGACCCGUGGCCUCAGCCCCUGGGGUGGGACCCUGGGCCCGGACGCCCUGCGGCCCCACAGAGGCCUGGGAGCAUCCCAGGAAGAAGAGCCGGUUCUCUGCUGCCAGGCUAGGGCACCGCUCUCACCUGCCUGCCCUCCGGAGGGGGCAGAGGCCAACAGAGCCAGCUUCCUCGGUGCCCCCCAGGACACUCAGGAGUCCAGCACCACAGCCACUGAGGCCGCAGGACAGAGAUCUCACCCAGCAGAUGGCGGCCCGGCAGCCUGAGCUCAGAAGGAACUCUUGCGUGGAAAUGGGGACUAUGUAGAGACUCCGAGCUCUGACUUCCUUCGGAAAAAAAAAGAAAAAAAAUUUUUUUAGCUUUGACAAACACACAAAAGUGGUAAUAAAGAGAGCCCUCCUUCUCAACCCAAAAUGUGAGCCACCUGUGGCAAAUCACCCCUACCCCCACCCCCCAUUAACAAACCAACAGACAAAAUUCUCUGAGUCUUUUGCCUCUUUUGAUAACAUGGUAUUCUGUUUUGUAAAGUGUGUGUGCUUGGGGUUCUGAGGUGUGUGGGAUUGAGUUCUCUGCUUUGUUUUUUUAAGAUAUUAUAUGUAAAUGUAAAGUUAUUUAAAUAUAUAUUUUAAAGAACCCUAACUACCAACUUUUGCUGAAAAAAAAAAAUAUCACUGCUGCAUUAAUUGAACCACAUCAUGUGUAGAUACUGUUGUCUCCCCAGAGGGGGCUCAGGCCUUUGAAAAGCUCAGGGCUACACCUGCCUUAGAAAAUGAACCAGAAACUUGAAGUAAAGCUAGUUGAUAUGGGUACAAACUCUGAGGAACAAUGCAAUCAAUGCUGCCUCUUUCUUUCUUGUGGCAAAUCCCAACAUACAAAGUUUCGGGUCUUCUCAGAAGCCAUGCCUCUCCAGCCCACACCUUUAGGCAGCUGAUGGAAACAGCUAGGAACAGGGCGGAAGGUCUGCAGCACUGAGGAGCUGGGACAAGCCAUUGCUACACAAAGCCCCAGGGUGACAGGGACAAUUCAGCCCAGUGUUCUCAGUCUGUUCCUUUGGGUCAGUGUCUUAGGUAAAAGGACAGAGUUCACAAUCCUGAACUUGGGCUUCCUGCCGCUGGCUGCAGAAAUGGUUAAAGGGGUGUGUGGGGACAAACACCCGGGGAGAAUAUAGUUUUUGCGGCCUUAGUGGGGCAGAGAGUGUCCCAGAGAAGGAAUACAGGGUGCUGGAGCGUGCCUGCCUGGGCACAGCCAGCGUCCUUGGGCUGCCUUCCUGGAGACUCCGCAGGGUCAGCACCGAGCUCCAUUUGAAUGAUACGUGUCCCGUCCCAUUUCCCUCUUGGAAGCUCGCUUCAGGGUCAUUCAGCCCUCUGCCUCGCGGCUGAAAUUGCUCAUCUCGCCUGCAAAUGUCUACUAUCCUUUCUACCUAAUGCACUAUUAUGUAUUGAUCCUCCAUGAGACAGAGAAAAGACUAUCAGAUAGUUUAGACCCAAAGGGUAGGUCUUUGUAUAUUUUUCCAGCUUUUUGCUGUUCGUGUUUUUAAGAGGGAGAGUUUUAAAACCCAAACCAUUUUUUUAAGAUGUUUCCAGUUGUAAAAGGGAGAAUCUAUUUAAAGCUAUUUCAGAUCAGGGAUUGUCAUCCUUUUUGUCCAAUGAACUUCUUGUUCUUAAGGAAGUUUUUUGUUGUUGUUUUGGAGGGUUUUUUGUUGCUUUUUUUUUUAGAAGAAACUAAUCACAUUAGUGCUUGUGUGCACUAAUUCCUCUGGUCACUUUUAUUCAUUUAUUGUCAUCUGAAAUGCUCAUUGGCAGAAUAGGGACCUCACAACCUAGCCUCUCUGCACCCCCCCCCCAGAGUGGGGAAAUAAAGACUGCCCUGGGUUGCCAUCCUCGGUGACGAAGGCUCCAGUAAGACAGGGGAAGUCAACCCAAAGUCCAGAAGAGAACGUUUUGACUGAGACUCUCACAGUAUCCCAAUCCUUUUUUUUUUUUUUUUUUAACUUAGCUGGUGAUGAUGAAAUUUACCUAGGAAAUUUGUAGCCAGAUUUUGACAGAAAUUCCAACAACUGACGGAGCCAUUUGCCAUUUUGGAACUGACCGAGGGGAGAUGUAUCUUCCAGCCCCUGAGGUACAGUCCCUUGGGGGCUGCCUCCCCCCCCCCCCCAUCCCGGGCUGGUGCCCAGCACACCUGUUGGCGAGGGUGUGGGAAGCGCCUAAGCUGUUGACAUGUGAUCCUGGCCGCCUUUAUUUCUCGGGCCAGGAGCAGCAGCUGCCCGACACAGCUUGCAUUGCACGGUUUUAGGGAAGGGGUGGGGGGUAUGGCUUCUAAUGUGGAUUGCAAAAACCAGCUUCUCAUUGUUGAGAUUUUCUUGUUGUUUGUGGUUUUGUUUUUUGUUUUAUUUUUAAUGCCUUUGAGUGCAUACUCUUUGUCUGAAACCAUACCCCCAAUUGGUUUUCUUUAGCCCUGCCUGCAAAACUACUCCUCAACGGCCUUAAAGCAAUAAAGAGAUGAGUAGCUAAUGUGGCUUCCACGGGGCUUAUUAACAUAAAUGUGUCCGAUUUUCAUUUGGAAGAGCAAUAAUUACAGAUGGCAAAAAGAAACAUUUGAUUGUUAUAGUUUACAGGGUGGGUGGUAGAAGCAGGAGAAUGAAAUUUUAAAACUUCAAAUAUCAGCCAUUGUCUUAAAUUUGUGUUGGCCCACCAGACACGGACGUCCCUGGAAUGUAGUAGCAACCCAACUCUAUCGCCUAGGCAUUCAAAUUAAAAGGAAUGUCUUCUUCGAACUUGUAAGACUCUAAUAAUCAUGACAAGCACCUUUGUCGGUGGCCUCUCAGUGGCAUGUCAGGGUCAUAUAGCCUUGGAAACUGGGAACAUCACAUUUUCCAUUGAGAAUCACCCCCCUUAGCCAAAAUAGGACUGUUAGGCCUGGUCUCCUGGCCCAGCGCUGCGUAUGGGACAGCCAGGUAAACUGAAGAGUUCUGGAACCAGUUAAAAAUGGUCUUCUUAUCAACAAGGUACCUCUUUGUAAUCACAGCCUCAGUGUGCUGGCUCUGACUCAGUCUCUCCCGCCUCUCUUGAACCCAAGCCAUUUUACAAAGCCCGAUCUGCUGUCCCACCGCUCAGACCCUCCUCCCUUACGUGCUGCUAGUUUCUACUCAAAGCUCAUGCAUGACUAAUGCUUUUAAAAUGAGGUCUAAAAAAUAAUUACUAAUCAAGAGUAUUAUUUUUUAAACAGACCUGCCUUUUUUUACUCUUUAUAUAAACUCUAUUGUGUUGGUCUAACAAGACACUAUUUUAAAAUGUUUUUUUUAACUUCUCCCAUAGCACUUAAAAGAUAUUUUGUAAAGACUUUGCUGUAAAGAUUUUGUAAUAAAAUGGUCUAAGGGCUCCUUCUCCGACAUUACCAUUUUUUAAAAAUGUUUUAAAGGCUAGAAAACAACUUAUGUAUAUUCUGUAUAUGUAUAGCAGCACAUUUCAUUUAUGGAAAUAUGUUCUCAGAAUAUUUAUUUACUAAUAUAUUUAUCUUAAGCCAUGUCUUAUGUUGAGAGUGUGACAUUGUUGGAAUAAUCAUUGAAAAUGACUAACAUGAGGCCCUGUAAAUACAUGAUAAUUGCACACAGAUUUUACAUAUUUGCCGACCAAAAAUGAUUUAAAACAAGUUGUAGUCUUCUAUGGUUUUGUAACAAAUUGUACAAAUGACUGUAAAAAAAAUACAAUUUUAUCAAGUACGUGUUA